CUCAUUUUGUUUUUCUCAGAAUCUCCGUGAAAUAAUUCGCAAAAAUGGUGAUUAUCGAAUCAGCACCAAACGGGGGUGAAGAUGAAGAUACCAGUACACAAAUUAAUGUAGUUGAAUCAAAUAGUAGUAGUAUUAAAUCAACCGAAGAGACUAAUAACGAUGGAUUUGAAACAGCAAGUGAAGGUGAUGGGGCUAGAGAAGAAGAAGAAGAAGAACCUGUUCUUGCUCCAUCUCCAUCUAACGAGGAAUUACAACAGAAAGCUUUAAGUGAAGCCAAUGAUGCGAAAACUGAAGGAAAUAAGCUUUUCGGGUCUGCGCAGUAUGAAGAUGCCUUGUUGCGGUAUGAGCUUGCGUUACAGAUUGCUGCUGAUAUGCCUGCAUCCAUUGAGAUCCGCUCUAUAUGUCAUGCAAAUAGAGCUGCUUGCUUCUCAAAUUCGGGCAGAUAUGAGGAGACUAUUAAGGAAUGCAACAAAGCUUUGGAGUUAAAUCCUGCAUAUAUGAAAGCUCUGAUUAGAAGAGGGGAGGCUCACGAAAAGCUUGAACACUUUGAAGAAGCUGUGAUAGACAUGAAGAAAAUUGUGGAGUUGGAUCCUUCAAAUAAUCAAGCUAGAAGAUCCAUUGUACGCUUGGAGCCCUUAGCUGCAGAAAAGCGAGAAAAGAUGAAAGAACAGAUGAUUGGGAAGCAAAAAGAAAUGGGAAACUCUGUGUUAGGACGUUUUGGGAUGAGCAUCGACAACUUCAAAGCGGUGAAAGAUCCAACUACAGGAUCGUAUUCCCUCUCAUUCCAGAAGUAAAUUGUUCCUCGUACAAAAGUUAAACGAGAAGAAAAUUGGAGAGACAGAACCUUGAAAAACGAAUGUGCCAGUACUAUGACAUGCUCCGGGAGAACCUUUCACAUGCAGAUAUUGAAAUCUGAUAAAGAACUACGUAGAAAUAUUGAUAGAUCUCGAUAAAUGUGUACAGUUUUUACCUCCGAAUCAUAUGAACUGAAUGAUUGGGUAUUUUUAGGUAGGCACUGAUUUGAAAGUGUCCCUAUAAUUCUUUUUUAUUCGGGAGCAUCAUAUUUAUUUUUUUCUGGAAACAAGAAAAGCUGCAUUCUGCGACUUUGCUGUGUGA